AUGGAUAUGAAAAUGUUCAUCGAUCAGUACUUCUCAUUAGCUAAUAUUGCAGCCUUAUUAGCUUUGUUAUCUUUCUUCUAUUAUGUAUGGAUCUCAAAGCCGUCAAGGAAUACCAAACUAUCAUCAGUAUCACCACCUGAAGUUGCAGGAGCGUGGCCUAUAAUAGGCCAUCUUCCUCGGCUAGUAGGGUCGAAACCUGUAUUCAAAAUCCUUGCAGACAUGUCUGACAUUUAUGGACCUAUCUUCAUGGUCCGUUUCGGCAUGCACCCAACGCUUGUUGUAAGCAGUUGGGAGAUGGCUAAAGAGUGCUUCACCACCAACGACAAGUUCCUCGCUGGCCGCCCGUCGGGUGCUGUCGACAAGUACCUCACUUCUGGCCUGUUUGGUUUUUCUACGUACGGUUCUUACUGGCGACAGCUCCGUAAGAUCUCUACCAUCCAUUUGCUCUCACAUAGGCGUGUGGAGCUUUUCAAGCAUGUUCCUUACUUGGAGACCUCCAACUGCAUGAAACACCUGCACCGGUGCUGGAUGAAACGCCAAAACCAAAUAAAACAAAAUUACACAGCAGCUGGUUCAGUUAAAGUUGAUAUGAGCCAAGUAUUUGGAGAGCUAACCUUGAAUGUGGUGUUGAAUUUAGUUGCUGGAAAAACGAUUUUUUUCAAGAACGACAACAGUCACGAAUAUGCCUCCAAAGAUGUCUUUAACAAAGAGGAAGAAGAAGGUCAAAGGCUCCAUAAGACCAUCAUAGAAUUCUUCACACUAGCAGGAGCUUCGGUUGCAUCUGAUGAUCUUCCAUUCCUCGGGUGGCUGGAUGUGGAUGGACAAAAGAAACGCAUGAAAAGGGUGGCCAAGGAUAUGGAUUUCUUUGUUGCAAAGUGGCUUGAAGAGCAUCGGCAUCAAAAAAGACAAACAGUACAAUCAAGCUCAGGAGCAGGAGGCAGUAAUCAUGACGAUCCAAAAGAUUUCAUGUAUGUGAUGAUGUCAGUUCUUGAUGGGGACAACGACGAUCUCUUUUUUGGUUACAGCCGUGACACUGUAAUCAAAAAAACAUGUCAGCAAAUGAUAAUAGCUGCCUCGGAUACCACGUCAAUUACCUUGACAUGGGCUCUCGCACUACUGAUCACUAAUCCUGCUGUCUUAAAAAAGGCUCAGGAUGAGCUUGAUAUGAAAGUAGGGAAGGACAGAAACGUAGAGCUGCUCGACAGCAAUGAUCUUGUCUAUCUCCAAGCAAUUGUUAAGGAGACACUCCGGAUGUAUCCUGCUGCCCCGCUCGACGUAACCCAUGAAGCUAUCAUAGACUGCAAUAUUGGUGGUUAUGAAGUGAGAGCAGGCACACGUUUGUUGGUCAAUCUAUGGAAACUGCACCGUGAUCCUCGAGUGUGGUCAAAUUCGUCAGAGUUCAAGCCGGAGAGGUUUCUUCCACAGCUAGAUGGUGGUUCUGGAGGUGAGGCAGAAAACUUGGACUUCCGAGGCCAAAAUUUUGAGUAUCUACCAUUUGGUUCAGGAAGAAGGAUAUGUCCAGGGAUCGACUUCGCCCUCCAAACGGUUCAUACAGCACUUGCUCGCCUGCUUCAUGGGUUUGAUUUCGACUCAGCAGGACUUGUAACAGACAUGAUGGAAGGUUCAGGUUUAACCAUGCCCAAGUUAACCCCACUAGAGAUUUACCUUCGCCCACGCCUCCCAGUCAAACUUUACUUGGAGUGAUGCCAGGAUGUAAGGUUUCUUCCCAUAUUCAGGGACGGAACUACAACAGGGACGGAACUACAACCCAGCUUUACCUAGCUCAAGCGAGGCCCAAAAGCCCAACAACUACUUAUUUUAAGUUGGGCUGGAAAACAUGUUUUGAAUUUAGGAUUAAGCCCAGUACGAAAACUGGUCCAACCCUUCUCAUACAAGUUUUCUGGUUCCAUAUUAAUAUACUCCAACAAUAAAAACCACUUGAUACAGUAAGAAAUUUAGGCUAUGUUUGUACUUUUUGCUUUCGGUUUUGGGUCGGAUGUGGAUUUGGUUCAUAUCUGGAUCUCGAUCUGGACUGUUUUCUAUUUAUAUAGUUCGUUUGUAUUUGUUUAUGUUUUUCUUCA